CAGCGGAAGCACUUUCAACACCAUAACAGUAUUUUUGUAGAUAUUAAGCUGAAGUGGCAACUCACUAAAUUAUAAAUUAAUAGUUGUGCAAUCGUCAUUCAGUUAUUGAAUUUCGAUAUGGUUUUCAAAAUAACACAACAUGACAUAACUUCACUAUAACGGACUUUAAAAAUACAUUUAUCCAACGAAAUGUAAUGGCUGACAAGAAAACAGAGUAUGAAUAACCUUUUUGGAUUUAAAUCUCCUCGCAAAACUACUACAUUUACAUUUGAUGCCGAAAUAGACACGUUAAGGGCAAAUACUGGGAGGACCAGCUACGAUGCUGCGGUCGAUCGGACGAGAUAUACUGAGAACAGCAAUGACUUUUAUGCAUCUAAAACAGAAAUGAAUAACCCUUUUGGACCUAUAUCUCCUGGGAAAUCUACAUUUGAUGCCGGAAUAGACUCGUUAAGGGCAACUGCUGGAAGGACCAGUUACGAUGCUGCUGUUGAUCGGACUAGAUUAAAGGAGAACAACGAGGACUAUUAUACAUCCAAGAAGAAAAUAGACGAUGAUAGAGGUUCCUUAAGGGUAUUCUAUCCUAUUACAGAGGUGUGGAAAAAAGAAAAAGCCGAACAAUUCAAAAUAAAAGUUGAAAAGAGCUUUAGGUUUGGACAUAUGAAAAACUUUUACGAUAGAACCGCCCCAAAGGAGACUAUUUCUGUUGAAGGAGACGGAAAUUGUUUUUUUCGUGCCAUUAGUAUGUGUAUAAUUGGUUCAGAGCACGAGCAUUUGCGCGUUCGGGAACUCAUUACUAAACAUGUUGGAGAAAAUCCUGAAUUAUAUCGAACUUUUUUACUAAGUCGAGGAGGCAUGAAUCAGUACUUAACUAGUAUGAGAAGACCUCGAGAAUGGGCAACGGAUGUCGAAAUUUUAGCUGCAGCUACUUUAUUAAAGACCGUCAUUGAAGUUUAUUUUCCAUGCCGAGUGAAAGGAAAUAUUGAAUUCAGAUGGCAAACAUUUAAACCUCUGACGCAUCAAGAAAUAACAUAUCCAGUAAUUUAUUUGUCGAAUAAAAAUGAUCAUUUCGAUCCAGUUUUAGAUGUCAACGUAGAAGUUGAGAUAAGCAGAAGGAAUAACCAACCAGAAUCUCCAAGAAGAUCACGUGACAAUUACCAUGAUCCUUCUGUAUAUAGCACCCCAGUGUCGAAAAGCUAUGCUCAUGACUCCACGUUUAAUCGAAUACAUGGUAGGCCUGGCUCAAACUAUUCAAACUCGAAUAGUCAUUAUAAUCGAAACCCGUCAAGAUCACAUCCGAAUGUUCAAUUUUAGACUGUUUAAAUGAAUUUCAGAUUUUCAAGAGUGAUUGCAGUAAUGUAAUUGCUUGGGAGUUGUCGUAAAGUAUUCAUUUGACAUUGAAUCAUCCCGUAGUCAUAAUAGUGUUGUUUGGUUGAGGUUCUUUUCCAAAAAGAGUUCCGUAUAACUCAAUUUGAAUGGAGAGGUGUAUUGAUUGAUUAAUUUGAUUAAAGAUUGGCAGAUUCCAGUUUUUGAAAUAUUAUAAGACAACUAUCCACCGGAGUUCAAUGACGAAGAUACAAGCAAUCGUAGGUCACCGCCUUAAAACUUAUUUAAAACAGAAAAUUAAAACAGAAAAAAAACAUGUCAUAGAAUGAAUAAUUAAUUUUGAUGUUAACGCCAUUUAUAGUUAUAAAAGCAAGCGGAUAUGAAAAAAAUGCAUGUAAAUGAUUAUUUUAUAUUCAGAAAGUAUGAACGGAACAAGCAGUUCAAUAAAUCAUUAAUUUUGCUUGGCUUAUGGGUAUAUGAAGACUUGUUCAUCCCGAAAAGUUAUAUUUCCCUCGGGUGAUGCCUUGGGAAACAUUAAUGUUCUUAGGUGAACAAAUCUUUAUCCCUACGGCAGGGCAAAUAAAUGUAUAAUGUCUCUUUAGUUUUUCGUUUGAUUUUUAAAAUCGGAUCAUUCAUGUACAUGUACAGUCAAAUUUAGAUCUCAAUAGCACGUUCGAAUCAAAUUAGAUUCAAGAAAAAAAUUGCAAUCAAAAUUUUAAAUUUGAAGUACUGAUAUUCCAAAUAACACAAUUUUAUUGUGAAAAAUCUAUGCAAGUAUAAAUGAUUAUGUAUUCACUGCAUGCUGAUAUGUAAGCUUUCGGUUGUAUUUUAUGAACAAACCAAUAGGUCGAUAAAAAUAUGUAUGAGAAUAUAGAAAAGAUUGUUACAUUUUUCGAACCCCGUAAUUUAGGUCUCUUUAAACAGCUACAUUGUAAAUAUCAUGUGUUUAUAUAUGGCAGAGAAAUGUAUAUAUUGCCUUGCCUUCUUAAUGAUUCGUCUAUUUCCUUUAACUUAAUAAUAUUAUUUAAUGUUGUCAUUGUUUAAUACUUUGAUUGCUUGUUAUUGUUGUUAAAAUGUUUGCAGAAUAAAAAGUGACAAAAAAGA